UCUUCAUCACUCUACAGCUGUUAACAAUAACUGAGAACUCAAAACAGACAUUGACAAGGCAAGCAGUUUCAAAAUAUCAGAAAAUAACUUUGAAUAGCUUUUCAAAACUAUAAUGUACAAUAGUCAAUGACGAGAGACAUUACGUUUUUCUAAAUCUUUUUUAUCAAGUUACUUUCAAACAAAAAUAUGCUCAAGGCUGCAUUCAGAAACUAAAAAAAAAAAAAAAAACAGGGAUUCACAUUUAAGUAUUAAGUUUGUUCGUUGUUGUCAUAGUUUCAGUAUGGGGAUGAGUGACUUGUUCGAGAUUGCCGGUGGUGAGUUGGCUCAGAUUCUGCGGACUCUGCCGGAGCACUUCGCAGCUGGUGGCUCUCUCGUUUUGGACUGCAGGCCGUUCCUUGCGUAUUCUCGAUCACACAUCUGUGGCUCCCGAAAUGUGAACUGGAACUCCAUGAUUCGCCGUCGGUCGAAAACCUCGGUGGUUAGUUUGGAGUGGCUGGUGCCGGACAAGACACUUCUGGGUCGUCUGCGCAGCGGCGAGUUCUCGCCGGUAAUUGUGCUGGAUGAGGACAGUCGCUCUGUUGCUGACCUGAAAAGCGAGAGUCUUGCCAGCAUGCUGCUUACUGCCCUACAUGCCGAAGUUGAGCCGGGAACCACGCAGAUCUGCUUCUUACAAGGUGGAUUCGACGGCUUCUUCGCUUUGUAUCCAGAUCUGUGCGUCAACGCCCCGCCAGUGAAUGGAAAUCAAAGCGCCUUCCGGGACUCUGAAUCGGGCAUGUCAGGGAGAAAUACUCCCCUCUAUGAUCAGGGCGGUCCGGUAGAAAUCCUACCCUUCCUGUUUCUGGGCAGCGCUCAUCACUCGUCCAGGCGGGAGACUCUCGCAAAUUGCGGCAUCACCGCUGUGCUCAACGUGUCUUCGUCCUGUCCCAACCUUUUUGAGGACGAGUUUAACUACAAGACCCUACGUGUGGAAGACAGCCUCGCGACAGACAUCCGCGCACGAUUCCCCGAGGCAAUCGACUUUAUUGACUCAGUGAAGGGGUGCGGUGGGCGUGUACUGGUGCAUUGCCAGGCUGGCAUCUCGCGCUCUGCCACGAUCUGCCUGGCAUACCUGAUCCACUCGCGCCGCGUGCGCCUGGACGAGGCCUUCGACUUUGUGAAGCAGCGACGCCGUGUCAUUUCGCCAAAUCUGGCCUUCAUGGGCCAACUGCUGCAGUUUGAGACCGACGUGCUGUGUCACUGAAGCUGCGUUUCCAAACAAUCCGCACGGAGUAGAACGAGUUUCACUAGUUCACACGAAACACAAUAAGGGUCGAGAAACUUCCAAACCGAGAAAUUGGAAUAUUUAGCCUGAAAAGCAAACGUGGAGACGCUGUACGCCACGAUUGUGCAUUGCAAACUCCAGGACCAUUUUAUUUUUAUUCCUGGCUCAACGCUGCCACAGUUGACACUAACUAUGUGAGCAAAUUAUGGAGCACCGUUUAGUACGUCAUUUGUACGGCACGUUACCGGUGUGACCCAGAUGAAAGCGUGAAUGACUGUCUGAAACCAUUUCUGAUUAAUUCACACUCCUUUAUAAACCAUUGCUAUUUGCCUUUGGGAUGGUUUCACAAACCAGUGUAGGUUAUGAUCAGUAUCAUGCAGAGCCAUAUCUUAUGCAAUGGCUUAGAACUGAAAGCUCCUCUUAUGCCUCUUAGGUAUUAGUUAUAUUUUGCA